CCUGAACGCCUUGGGCCGGCGCCGGGGGGCGGGGGCGCCGGAGGCGGAACAGGAAGUGACGACAGAGUCGGUGGGCGGUGACUCAAGAUGGCGGCUAUGGUGCUGGCGGCGACGCGGCUGCUGCGAGGCUCGGGCUCCUGGGGCCGCUCGCGGCUGAGGUUUGGAGCCCCUGCGUACAGGCAGUUCAGUAGUGGUGGUGCCUAUCCCAGCGUCCCCCUCUCUUCCCCCUUGCCCGGAGUACCCAAGCCUGUUUUUGCUACAGCUGAUGGACAAGAAAAGUUUGAAACCAAAGUUACCACACUGGAGAAUGGGCUUCGUGUGGCGUCCCAAAAUAAGUUUGGACAGUUUUGUACAGUAGGAAUUCUUAUUAACUCUGGAUCAAGAUAUGAAGCAAAAUAUCUCAGUGGAAUUGCUCACUUUUUGGAAAAAUUGGCAUUUUCGUCUACGGAUCGAUUUGGCAGCAAAGAUGAAAUUCUGCUUACCUUGGAGAAGCACGGGGGUAUUUGUGACUGCCAGACAUCAAGAGACACCACCAUGUAUGCUGUGUCUGCUGAUUCUAAAGGCCUGGACACGGUGGUUGGCUUGCUGGCAGACGUGGUCCUGCACCCCAGGCUAACAGAUGAAGAAAUCGAGCUGGCGCGUAUGGCUGUCCGGUUUGAGCUGGAGGACCUCAGCAUGCGGCCCGACCCGGAGCCCCUUCUCACCGAGAUGAUUCACGAGGCCGCUUACAGGGAAAACACAGUCGGCCUGCACCGUUUCUGCCCCACAGAGAACAUAGCAAAGAUUGACCGGUCGGUGCUUCACUCCUACCUGCGAAACUACUACACCCCCGACCGCAUGGUGCUGGCCGGGGUGGGGGUAGAGCACGAGCGCCUGGUGGAAUGUGCCAGGAAGUACCUCCUGGGCACCCGGCCUGCCUGGGGCAGUGGGGCGGCCGUGCACGUGGACGGGUCGGUGGCACAGUACACUGGGGGCGUCGUCAAGCUGGAAAGGGACAUGUCCAGUGUCAGCCUGGGCCCCACCCCGUUCCCCGAGCUCACGCACAUCAUGAUUGGCCUGGAGAGCUGUUCCUUCUUGGAGGGGGACUUCCUCCCUUUCGCGGUGCUGAACAUGAUGAUGGGCGGCGGCGGCUCCUUCUCGGCCGGCGGGCCUGGCAAGGGCAUGUUCACCAGGCUCUACCUCAACGUGCUCAACAGGCACCACUGGAUGUACAACGCGACCUCCUACCACCACAGCUACGAGGACACGGGCCUCCUGUGCAUUCACGCCAGCGCCGACCCCAGACAGGUUCGAGAAAUGGUGGAAAUCAUCACGAGAGAGUUUGUUUUAAUGGCUGGAACUGUGGAUGUGGUGGAGCUGGAACGGGCCAAGACGCAGCUCACGUCCAUGCUCAUGAUGAACCUGGAGGCCAGGCCCGUCAUCUUCGAGGACGUGGGGAGGCAGGUGCUGGCCACCCGCUCCAGGAAGCUGCCCCACGAGCUGUGCGCGCUCAUCCGUGACGUGAAGCCAGAGGACGUCAAGAGAGUUGCUUCUGCGAUGCUCCGCAGGAAGCCCGCCGUGGCUGCCCUGGGGGACCUGAGCGAUCUGCCCGCGUACGAGCACGUCCAGGCGGCACUGGCGAAUAAGGACGGGCGCCUGCCCAGGACGUACCGGCUCUUCCGGUAGAGGCGCCGCGGCAGCACCAUCCACACCGUUUCUUUGGGGUGACUUCAGCGCAGACGUUCAUAGACGCUGCAGACUGUGGGACGUUUCCUAAACGUGAAUCCCUUCAGAAUUGGACGUGCCAGUCAGUGGAAUAAAGAUCGCGCUCCACCGCUGGGGCCUGGGGGAAGCGCGGGGAGGUCGGGGCAGCGGCUGGGGCCUGGGGGAAGUGCUGGGAGGUCGGGGCUGCGGCUGGGGCCUGGGGGAAGCGCGGGGAGGUCGGGGCAGCGGCUGGGGUCAGGCCGGGCUAGUCUUCCCGCUCCCCCAGGAGUUUCGGCAGGUGGGGCAACCGCGCAGUUCCCCGAGGCCGGCGGUCGUUGAGCGGGCGAGGCCUGACCUCUCCUCGGAGGCCCCCGGGCCCGUCAGCCCGCCUGCAUCCGGGAGGCCAGGGCCACCCACACCAGCACCUCGAGGGUCCCGGGGCGAUGCACCAUCCAGCUUGACCGGUGAGGGGUCGUCUCUUGCCCUCAAUAGUAAGGCCCUGACUUCAGAGGUGGGGAGCUCGGGGCGGGGGAGGCGGGCUUGAAAGGCGGGAGGACAGAGGCCGCGUGCGGGGCCCUGCAGGGUCAGGGGGCUUUGGUGACGGCCCUGCGGGGCCUGGGCACCUACACUGGCUGCCCUGGGUCCUUCUGACGCUGCCGUGGUUCAGAGGGCGGCUUCCUGGACGCCAGCGGGUUGCACAGAACCGGGCCACAAAGCUUUGUGGAGAAGAGUCGUCUCCAGGCCGUAGUUUUUGAAACGCUAAGUGCAGCCCCUGCUGUCCAGCUGGGAGAGGGAGGGGUGAUCUGAGGCCGUCAAAUAAACGUUUCAGCGUCACCUCUGUCACGCCCGUUCAUCUUG